AUGAGCCUGACCGCGCUUGUUCCUCGACAUGGCCCCAAACCCAUUUCCUUGACCGAGUUCCGCGACGCUCUCGGGGCCCUGUGCCGAUUUCGUUUAUCCGCUGCUCGCCAUGCUCGCCAUGCUCGCCCACGGCGCAUUGAACCAGCCCUCGCCGUCAGCGGAGGCGUCGACUCCAUGGCCAUGGCCUUCCUCUUCUCCAGCCUCUUGAAAUCGCACCCAGGCUUCUCCAUUGCAGACCACCCUGCCCAUGGCGCGUGCGGUAUCGUCAUAGACCAUCAGCUGCGGCAGGCCAGCGGCCAAGAAGCAGCCUGUGUUGCCCAGGAGCUCAAGACAAUGGGUCUCCAAGCCUGCGUCAAGCGGCUGGACUGGAGUCAUGUGACAAAAAGAGGCCUGGAUCCCACCCGCCUCUCCAAUCUCGAGGGCAUGGCGCGCACCAUGCGAUAUCAAGCCCUCGGCUCUGCCUGCCGGUCCCUGCAGGCGAGCAGUCUCUUCUUCGCUCACCACUGCGACGACCAGUACGAAACCGUCUUGAUGCGUUUGCUAGCGGGUCACGGCUACCGAGGCUUGCAAGGCAUUCAAGAGGCCAAUGCCAUUCCCGAGUGCUAUGAGCUGCACGGCGUAUACAAGAGCGGGCUGUUGGAUGACCAGAUGCAACGGAGUCCCCUUGGAUUCCAGCCGUCCAACAAGAGUCUGCAGCGGCUGCGCGUGUUUCUCGGAGACGACUGCAAAGGGAGACCUGGUUCCCCAAGCUCUCCUUACUUGGCGCCACUCAACUGCGAGGAUGGCGGCAUCGUCAUCUAUCGCCCCUUGCUGAGCUUUGACAAGGAUAGACUGAUAGCCACCUGCGAAGCCAACAAGGUGCGCUGGUUCGAGGACCACACCAACCUGGAUCCGACCUUGACGACACGCAACGCCGUCCGCCAUCUUACGCGGGCUCAUCGGCUGCCAAUGGCCUUGCAGAAGCCCUCCAUCUUGUCAUUGUGCAAGAGGGCCAAGCACAGAACGUCCUUGGAGGAAGCCGAGGGCCACAGAUUGCUCGUGCGUGAAGCUGUCAUUUGCCAUUUCGACCCCAACGCUGGCACACUCACCGUCGAGCUUCCUGCGUUUCUUGCGCAUCCUUCUCCGCCGAGACGACUGCUCAUCCUUGCCAUGGCCAUCCGUAAGCUCAUCGACUUUGUCACGCCCGAGCUCCAUCUGCCACCGCUGGGCAGUCUCGAAAAUGUUGUCGACAGGCUCUCGCCAGAACUGUGUACAGAGCCGAAUCGGCAACCGCCCAAGGCCUUUUCAAUCGCUGGGGUCAAGUUUGAACCCAUCGUUGGCCGGGCAUCGACCAAAUGGCUCCUCUCCCGCGCUCCGUACCCUUCAAGUCGAGCACUGCCUGAACGCAAGCUUCCGGGCCAUUUACGCGGCCCUGCGCCUGGGAAAGAUGGGCCGGACGAGCCGCCAACUGUUCGUCACGCCCACUGGCGGAGCUGGGAAAUGGCUCAGUUGUGGGACGGACGGUUUUGGAUCCGCAUUCGCGCAUGCGUGCCGGCGAGUUUUCGCAUUCUGCCAUUUCUGCCAGAGCACGCCAAAUCAUUUCGUCUGGCACUGCCCCGCGAGGAGCGGUCGAGGCUCGAGCAGGUGCUGAAGCGCCAUGCUCCGGGCAAGGUGCGCUAUUCGCUGCCCGCACUCUACGCCGUGCAAGAGGCCGGGGCUGGCAAGGGAACGGCGCACACGUUGACGUUGCUUGCCCUGCCCAGCCUGGGGAUCCACGUCCCGGGGCUGGAGAGAUGGGCCCAGAGUCGCGUGUGA